AUGGCAUCGACAAAGGAAGAAGAAGAAGAGGAUCCUGAUUUGGAUUGGUAUCACAGUCAUCGAACUGUUCAAUUGCCUCCCAUAUCUUCGUUUGAUAACCUUGUCAACAACGACACAACUAAUGCUGGAAAUUUAGUUGUGUCGUCUGAGAUGCCUCAAACACGUGACCGUCAGUCACGUGUCGCUUCUGAUAAUUUUGAUCGAUCUUGGAAUACCAUAAUACCUGGUAUCCGGAUGACCACGCAGUGUAUCGAGAAUUGUCCUUCUUUAGCGUUUGCUAAAUCAACCACUUUGCAGAACGAUUCUUCCCGGUUUGAAAAUACAUUGAUCGCUAGUAACGAAACGGCCUGGAUUACAAACACCCGUACACCACAGCCACAGCCAGAGCAGACACUUCCAUCGUUAGUAUCGCAGAACAAUCAAACUUACAACGAUCCUACGAAUUUCAACUCUUAUCAAGAGAGUACCCCUGUUUCGCCCUGGUUAUAUGGGGACUCUUCAAACCCGCAUUCGGUCCCCCCUCCCUUUCAGCGAGGUUAUAAACAACACAAAUGUCCCACAUGUGGACGCAGUUUUGCCAGAUCAAAUGACCUUCAGAGACAUAGGGUCCGACACUUGAAAGAUGAAAUUGUCAGCACCCAAGGUCUUCCGCGUGGGAUUGAUGACAGGAUUCAAGAAUCAAACAUCGUUGCCUCAUCGGUCAUUCCUCACGACCAGGCUAUGCCCAAUUAUAGUAUACCAGCACAAUUGGUGAAGAGAGCGUUUAGGUGUCCGUACAACCCUGUUGCGACUGGCAGGUAUGAUGAUUUAGCAAUUGAUGACUCCAUGCUGCCUUUGUGUCAUCCGACUGGGAUCUUUUCUCGAGGUGACACGUACAAAAAUCAUUUAAGAGCAUUGCAUUUCAUAUAUCCAUCGGGAACGCGCAAAAGCGACCGGUCCUCUGUUCCUGGAAAGUGCCGGCACUGUCAGCAGGAGUUUGAUAAUGUAGAGGAGUGGCUGAAAAACCACGCGGGAAAACUUUGUGGAAUAAUCUGA